UGUGCGACUUGCUCGUUAUUCUAUAUGCCGGAGGAAAACCAUGUGUGUUAUAUGAAACCCGUGGAAUUUACGGAUAAAGAAAAGGCCAAGCACCAUAACGACAAGCUGGCAUACUUUGACCUGGAAACAUAUCAAGACGAGAGUGGAGAAUUUAAAGUCAACCUAGCGGUGAUCGCGACAAAAAAUGAAAAAUUUAUUCUUCCAGAAAACGGUAAUAUUAACGGCGACAUUUCACAAGAACUUGGCGAUUUCAUUUUCAGUGAGCGUUUCCGUGGCUACACAUUUAUGGCGCACAAUUUGAAGGGAUUUGAUGGAUACUUCAUUUUGAAUUAUCUCGUGAAAAACGGCGUUAUUCCACGUCCGCUUAUUUUCAACGGGAGCAAGGUUAUGCAGAUGGACGUGCCCAAACUCAAAAUAAAAUUUCGUGACUCUAUGAACUAUGUACCAUCAUCGUUAAAAAUUUUGCGAAAGCAUUUGGUUUGCAAGAAACCAAAGGAGAUUUCCCACACAAACUUAAUAAGCCUGAAAACUGGAAUAAAAUAAUUGCUUGGCCCGAUCGUCAUGACUAUGGCUAUCAGUCUAUGAAAAGAAAGAACGAAAGCGCUUCAUGAAAUGGUACCGCAAAGAGCGACGCCGUCACAGGAACAAAUUCGACUUUAAUGCACACUUUAUCAAGUAAGCUAAACCCUUAUGCUAUUUACAGAAUCGAACUUAUCCGAUUCGUUUUAGGUAUUGCUCACAAGAUGUCCUCAUUUUGCAACAAGCGUGCGAAAAAUUUCGAGCGCUUUUCCAACAGGUAACCGAUGGAUUAUGCCCAUUUGCGUCUGGACUAACCACACCCGGCAUGUGCAAUUACUUUUGGAGAGCGCGAAUGCUGAAGGAAAACCAAAUUGCGUUGAUCGGCCCUCCUGGUCAGGGCAAAAAGUCAUCUGUCAAAGGAGAGCGUUGGCUACGCUGGAUUGAAAUGGAAAAUGAUGUAAA